UAGUUUUCAUAAUAGAUCCAGUGUUAUUAAAUUGUCCAAGUAAGAAGACGGAAGCAACACGGAACAUGAGCAUUAUUAGUUCGCUGGGCACGAGCAGCGCGGCGGCCGCCGACCGGGACGACUCCGAGCUGUGUGCGUGGCGCCCGCCGCCGCCGCCCCUUGAACCGACGCUCCCGCAACACGGAGAGGCGAAAUGCGGACGGCGGGUCCGCUCGCGCUCCUCGCCUGUGAGGUGGCACGCGGAAGAUACGCUGGUGGUCGGCGCCGAAUUUCGCGCCCGAAGUCCCUCCGUGUCGCCGCCCCGAUCGGCGUCGCCCGGCGGUUCGAUAGCUCGGGAGAGCAAAUCAGUCGGCGCGUACUUCUCGUCUCGCGUGCCCACGCAGCCGGUGCGACUCGUGACGGCAGCUCGGCCUGCACCCUGGCACGUUUCUAUCACAGAUCCGGAACGCUCUGUCCUACAGUUACAGAAUCACCACUGUACGGAGAGAUUGCGCGUGGUGGGAAAUGUACCGCGUGAGGUGUGUGCCUCGCCGCCGGGUGGAAGCGUCGUGCGGUCGCCGACGCCGCCCUCUGCGUUCAGUCCGAGCGUCAGGAAUGGCCCGCCUCCGUGCCUCUCUGG